AAGACUUGGAGGCUUCUGGAGGGUUGAUUGGCACCUGAAACUGCCAGCUCCAGAAUGUUGGCCAUUGCUCUUCUCGCCGUUCUUUGUGCCUCAGUCUCUGCCAAUGCCAUUCAGACUAGGUCUUCCUCCUAUAAUGGAGAGUAUGGAGGUGGUGGAGGAGAGCGAUUCUCUCAUUCUGGCAACCAGCUGGACGGCCCCAUCACUGCCAUCCGUAUCCGAGUCAACUCAUACUACAUCGUAGGCCUCCAGGUACGCUAUGGCACCACGUGGAGCGACUAUGUGGGUGGCAGUCGGGGGGACCUGGAGGAGGUCUUCCUGCACCCUGGGGAAUCAGUGAUCCAGGUGUCUGGCAAGUACAAGAACUACCUGAGGAAGCUGGUCUUUGUGACGGACAAGGGCCGCUACCUGUCUUUUGGGAAAGACACAGGCAAGAGUUUCAACGCGGCCCCUCUGUACCCCAACUCCGUGCUCCGAUUCAUCAGUGGCAGAGCUGGCUCUGUCAUUGAUGCCAUUGGUUUUCACUGGGACUCCUACCCCAGUGACUGCAGAACCCCAGCCUCCUCCCUGGCAGGGGCACUGCGGUGGGAUGGGGGAACGCCCUUGUCACUGACCCCUGUCCAAAUGGCUCAAUAAAAGAACGUGACUCCAGC